AUGUCUACCUGGGGAAUAGGAGACAACCACGACUCAGACGAAGUCUUCGCACUCAAAAAACAAUUGCUUGAGAAAGAUGCACACAACGACACACUACUCAGCCAGCUCAGUAAGAAGGACAUCGAAAUAUCCGAUAUCAGGACUACUCUAAACGACAUUAGUGAUAAGCUACGUCGCGAAGCAGACGGCAAGAUCCAAUUGGAAGAGGCUUUGGGAAGAUGCACAGAAGAAUUCAAGAAUGAACGUAACACCAGACAGAACACUGACUCAGCAUUCGCCUUGGUCCAGAAGAAGUUGAAGAAUUCCGAACAAGCCGCGCGGGAGCUGCAGGCCACAGUUGACAUGCUCUCCUCUCAUGCAGACUCCUCCUCUACAGACAAGGUCAGGUUAGAACGUGACAACGAUGAUUUACGUACGCUUGUGCGGCAGCUGCGGAUGGAGGUUGACGCACGACAGCAACGUGAAGAGGCGCAACUCCGACGGAGCGAGAGCGCUACGACAACCAAGGUGCAGUGUCGUCGACGGUCUUCAUCCGUCUCCACUUUCCGCACAUCUGCCCUUGAGCAAGAGACCUCUGAGCUCCGUCUCAAGAACGCUCAGCAAGUCUCGGAAAUUACUACACUAUCGGAUCGUCUCGCGCGAUCACAAACCACGCUGGUUCAGGUCGAGAACGAGAAGAUUGCUAUGGAGAGGCGGUUGCAUAGACAGCUACAGGAGAUGCAAGCUGUGCUAGAGGAGCGUGAGGAGGAGCUGAAGAUUUCAAGUGGCUUAGGAGGACAGGAUGCCGCGGAGAGAGAAUCGAGGUUACUGGAAAGGUUGGAGGAAGAGGAGGAAAGAGCCGUGUCACUCCAGGCGCAGCUCGAGCGUAUUACAGCGACCUACAGGAGCGAUAUGGCGGUCGUAACAGACCAGCUGAACAGGACACAGCGACAGUUGGAGGAGAAGGAGACGAGGGUGCAAGACUGCGACUCUAGGCUGUUGGAACUCGCUGCGGAGAAGGAGUCGACCUUGGAGGAACAAGGUCAGUCGGGACGAAUGAUUGCGGACCUUCAGAUGCACAUUCAGGCUUUAGAAAGCCGGAUUACUGCUUCUUUGCAAAACCCGCCAUCAAGUCCGGGUUUCCAGACAGAAGCUACAGUCCAACGUCUACUGAACGCAAUCGAUCGUUUACGCGAAGAACGGGACGCCUUACGCCGGGACCUAGAAUUCAUAAAGGCCGAGAACAGAUUUGCCGUAGAGGACCUCCAAGCGAAGCUUGCUGCCGCUCAUGCAUCUGACAUCGCCGCUCGGUCCGCAUCUGUAACAGACGAAGUAUCACAGCGCGAAAUCCUGGAGUUGUUAGCGACGCGCAAGGAGUUGGAGAGGAGGCUUGCCCAUCACGAGCGCGCUACGACGGUUCUUGCACUUGUCGCUCAGUAUGUGGAUAAUCAGCGUCUUGGAGAUCUCGCUCAAGUGGAGUUGCUGUUGGAGAGCUUGGCUCAUUCCAACUGUCAACUGCUGGACGCUCAAGAAUAUGUGCUGAGGGUGGCGAUGCUAGACGAGCAAGUGCAACAUCUACAGACGCAGCUCGCUGCUUCUGCGCAGGAGACGGACGCUGCUCGGUCUCAGGUGUCUUUUCUACAAUCAGCGGUCCAAACGCUCGAGGACGACAUCUCACGAGAACGCGGUGCUCGUGAAGAAACCGCAACUUCGCUUGCUCACGUCGAGGCCGAGGUCGCGGACAUUACGCAUGCGCUCACUGAUGCUGAAGCCCAGCGAGAUGCGCUGGCUCUGCAGCUUAAGCACACCCAACAAGAUUUAGAAUCUGCGCAACAAGAGCUCGCGGAAGCGGACACACGGUACGGGCAGCAGCUCUGUGCUAUGUCUUCAGGGGAGGCGACGCGCGCCCUUCGCAAGCAGAUUGAGACUCUCGAACAACGCGUGCUCAGGCGGACAGAGCAGAUCGGUGUCCACCAGCACGAUAUCAAAAGGCUUGAGACGAACCUGCGGUUGCAAGAGGAGCGCGUAGCCGAGAUGACUACCGAACUCGAAGUGGCUUUGAGCGAGAAGGACGCAAUGGUAGAGGAUUGCAGGACAACCAGAGAGGAGAGGGACGAAGCCCGGUCGAAGUGCGAGGAGAUUGAAGAAACACUGGAGCAGAUGGAAGAGAGCAGGGACACCGAGGUGGAGACGUUGGUCGGUGUGAUUGUUUCCACCGUGGCGAGACAGCGGCAUGUCGCUGAUGAGAUGCGGGUUCUAUUGGCCAAACAUGCCGAGGAGGAAGCCCGGCUCAGAGAGCAGCUUCAUGUCGUCCAAGUCGAGGGGGAGCGCCUCGUGGGAGAGGUCAACUACAUGAGCACGGAGCGGGAUCACGCGGUGAACCUGCUCGAAGAGAAAACCUGUGCUUUGCGAUCCCUGCAGGAGGAGAAGGACGAUGCGGUAAACGCAGCUACACGGGCCGCUCUUGCGCUUCAAGAGAAGACUUCGGCGCUGCGUUCUCUCCAGGAGGAUAGGGAUAUCGCGACCAAUGCGUCCACACAGGCCGCUCUUGCACUGGAUGAAAAGACGUCCGCGUUGCUUUCCCUACAACAAGAGCGGGACAAUGCAGCAGACGCUGCUGCGCAGGCCACUCGCGCAUUAGAAGAGAAGGCUCUUGCUUUACAAGCUCUCCAGAAAGAGAGCGACGUGGCAGCGCAGGAAGCUAUGCAAGCUUCUGUCGCGCUCGCCGAGCUUCAUAAGGAAUGGCGACAGAACUGUCAUGUUGCUCAAGUCUUGGAGGGCGAGAAAUUGACGAUGCAGAAAGAGCUCGAGACCUCGGGCGACGAGCUUCGAAGCAAGGUUGAUGAGAUCGCCUCUCUGCAACACAAAAUCCAGUCGCUGGAGGAGCAAUAUGCUGACGGCCAAGUCAGUAACGCUGCCUGUAUGGCCGAAUUGCAGACGAAAUUCGAGGGCGACUUACAGGCGCUCAGGCUUGCCAACACGGAACUGGAAAGUUUACAUCAACAGGACGCAGACAAGCUUGAGAAGAUCAAGGAGGAAUUGCAGAGUUAUGUAAUGGACAAUACUACGCGCUCACAAGAUGAGGCAGCAUUGCGGGACAGACUAGAGCAACUGCAGGCCUCUCACUCCAAGGAAUUCUCCGGUCUGCAGAGUCGCCUGGAGAAGGUGUCCGCGGAGUUGCAAGAAGCCAAUCGCGUCCACGACGAAGCUACAGCGGCAGAUACUCUAGUUCAAGAUGAGCUUCUCCGCUCCAAGCAGCAGCUCGAAAGUCAGCUAGCGGAGGCUACAUCCAAGCUAUCAUCUAUUGACCGUGCUUCAGGGGAACUUGCCGAAAUGGAAGAGCGUCACCAAGGAGAGCUAGAUGCUUUGCAGGCCAAACUUAACCGUGCGCUGGAUGGCUUGGAUCAAGUCACGAAGGCUCGUGAUGAGCUAAGGGCCCUGCAGGAGGAUGUCGCAGAACGACUCGAUAAAUCCUGCUCAGAAAUGGAGCGCCUGGAAGCUGAGCUGACGCGGUCGCGAGUUGAUCAUGAAGGCGAGCUCAAGGACUUACAACAUCAUCUAGAUCUUGCCUCUGCGGAAUUGGAAGAGGCGAAACUUGCCCAUGCCGAGCUUAACGGUCGGCAAGGGGAACUUCUCAAAGAGUUGUCCAACGCUAAACAGGAACUCAAAUGCCACUUGGAAUCCUCUGGUGGGGAGGUUGAGCGUCUCAAGGCGGAACUACAAUCGGCGAUUGACGCUCAUGCUCGCGUCCAGAGGUCCCACGAGACAGAACUGCAGGCAGCAUUGGAGAAGCAGACUAACCAGGAAGCAUCACUUCAGAAAGAAGUUUCCGCCGUUCGCGCAGAACUUGAGCAAACGGAGGCAUCUCUGCAAGCUCUGCAGGAGGAGAAAAUUGGACUUCAAUGCGAUAUCACGAGCAUGGAGGCCGAAAAUCAACGGUUGAAAUCGUUGCAGCGAUUCUUGGAGAGCCAAGCGAAGGACAGCGAGAAGCAAGUUACGUCUCUGAAGGAGGAGCUGGAAAGGUCUCAUGCGGAUUAUACACGGAUUGAAAAGGCCUGCAAGGCAGCAGAGGUGAACUUGUCGAUGCAAGUGAUUCAAAGCGAACAGUCCAUUUCUGCUCUGCGUCGAGAAGUCAGUUCCCUCAGGGCGAGCCCGAAGCUCGAGGAGAUUAUUGCUGAGCUGAAGGAACAGAAUACCGAGAUGGAAGAACUUCUCCGGAAGAAGUCUGUCGAAAUUGAAGAAAACGACGAUCGCUUCAUCGAUAUGCUGAAGGAAAAGAAAAAGCUGACCAACAAAGUGGAGUCCCUCACUCGAAAAGUGCAGAGCUUGCAGACAAAACUAGCAUCCUCCACUAAUCCGGUUGGCGAAUCGUCGACCCCAACCGCGCCCGCCCCUGGACCCACCUCUGCGGUCCCUCUACAGCGCACCGCAUCCAAGCAUGCACCACCGCAUCCACCUGCACCCACGGUACCAGCAUAUACCGCUUCUGCUCCCAGGUCGCUUUCCAGAGUCGUCUCUGAGCCGCCGGCGCAACCCAGAUCGAAGACACCAGACCGUCGAACAUCGCAAGCACCGGCGUUCAGACCUCGCACUCCCGAGACCAGGCGCAUGCCCCUACAGCCGGAACCAGAGGCGUCUUCUUCAACAGCUGGCAAGAAGCGACGAGCACCUGAUGAUUUCGAGGAUUGUGAAAGCGCCCCACGCCAAGGCUUCACGGUCGAUAGCCUGCCUAGUACGGAGAUCACGACCCCUCGGAUGCGACGAACGGUACCCAUGCGUACUGGGUUUACGCCCGUGCGGUCGCGGUCAAAUUCUGACCGAGCUUCGGCGUCACCUACUCGGAGAGUGACAACGGGAGCGCCAGCCUCUUCUGCGUUAACCAUUGCGGAUGUGACAAAUAGCCCGCGAGGUGCACGAGCGGACCCAGAGAAGGCUGCGAAACGGGGUUGGUUAGGGAAAAUCAGAAACGUCCCUGCACAGGUUACCAGAGCUUCUCGAGCACCGGACUUUGGUUCACGGGAGAGCGGUCGUCGAUGA